UCUGGUCUGUCUGUCUUUCUUUUCUCUCCUCUCUCUCUUUUUUUUUUCAUCCUUUCUUCUUCCUUAACAUCCCUUUUAAUCCCUUUUGCACCCCCAGAGGAAAUAGAAUCCAAGUUCCUUCUCCGUCCUUUUCUUUAGUAUUCCUCCUUUUCAUCUUUAUGUGAAGAAAGCAUGGAUGGUAGCUAGUGGAAUAAUCCAAAAGUCAUCCAAUGCGAUGCUUGUUUUGUAGACUUGGAUAAAUAUAUACUUUCAUAAAGUGUGUGCAGAGAGAAGAGAAGAACAUAUUCACAUCCUACCUAUAUAUGCUAGUGGUUUAUACUAGGAAUCUCUAGUUUUAGUAUUACUGUCUAUUAUGUGCGACAACAACAUUGAAGAUCAACAAACUGAUCAUUCUUCUCCUCAAACCAUAACAAAUAGUGCUAUUCAGGGCUUCCAAGAAAAGUUACAUCUUCAACCAAGCGGGCUAGAGAUGCAGCAACACAACAGUACUGAUGCAUACUUGGCAGCUGCUGGUGGAGGAAGGUCAUCAGGAGGAGGAGGACUGAUGUUCCCAGAAGUAUCACCAAUCUUGCCAUGGACAAUCCCUCAAGUUCACAGCUUCAAUCCAGUUCAUCAGUUUCGCGAUCACGACCCUUUUCUUCUCCCUCCACCACCAUCACCCUACGGGGGUUUAUUCAAUAGGAGACCUCCUCCUCCUGGUCUGCAGUUUGCGUAUGAGGGUUCAUCAUCAGACCAUCUCAGGCUUAUUUCUGACACCUGUUUAGGUCAAGUGGUUCAAGCUAGUUCAGCAGCUCCUUUUGGGCUUCAAGCUGAGUUGCAAAAAAUGACUGCUCAAGAGAUCAUGGAUGCUAAAGCUCUAGCUGCUUCCAAAAGUCAUAGUGAAGCUGAGAGGAGACGAAGGGAAAGAAUCAAUAAUCAUCUUGCUAAGCUUCGCAGCUUGCUCCCUAAUACCACCAAAACGGAUAAGGCAUCAUUGCUGGCUGAAGUAAUACAACAUGUGAAGGAGCUAAAGAGGCAGACUUCUUUGAUAGCUGAAUCAACACCAGUUCCAACUGAGAUUGAUGAGUUAACAGUUGAUAAUGCGUCUGAUGAGGACGGUAAGUUGGUGAUAAGAGCUUCAUUGUGCUGCGAAGACAGGUCUGAUCUCUUGCCUGAUCUCAUUAAGACAUUAAAGAGUCUGAGGUUGAGAACACUGAAGGCUGAAAUAACAACUCUUGGUGGUAGAGUUAAGAAUGUUUUGUUCAUCACUGGGGAGGAUGAUACAGACAGUGAUGACCAGCAGCAGCAGCAGCAACAGUACUCUAUCAGCUCAAUACAGGAAGCCCUUAAAGCAGUUAUGGAGAAAACCAACGGUGAUGAGUCCGGUUCAGGGAAUGUUAAGAGACAAAGAACCAACAUAAAUAUCCUUGAACAUAGGUCCCUUUAACUAUAUUAACAUUAUAAUCAGUUUCUUCA